AUGAAGGAAACCGAGCAAUAUCGCGCAUUACCCAUAAGAAUCAAAACGAUGUAUAAUUGCGAAGAACAACGUGUUGUGUCCAUGGCCCCUCCAUUUCGUGGAUUUUCGGCUUUGGUUCGAUUUCAGUGCAGAGCUCGUAUGCAUAAAGUGGAAAGAAUCAAUGUGAAGGACCUCGAUGUAUCGUCUACACAAACGGAGGAGUGCAACCAGAAAUGA